AUGUCUUUGACAGUCACGCUUGCAGAGUACUUAUUUAUACGCCUUCAUCAACUUGGAGUGCGCUCAAUCCACGGGGUACCGGGCGACUACAACUUGACCCUGUUGGAUCACAUUGAGCCGUCAGGACUUCAUUGGGUUGGGAGCUGCAAUGAGCUGAAUGCGGGAUAUGCUGCAGAUGGCUACGCACGGAUCAAUGGCGUAGGAGCGCUGAUAACCACGUUUGGAGUGGGAGAGCUUUCGGCUAUCAAUGCCAUCGCUGGUGCCUUCUGCGAACGAGCAGCAGUGGUACAUGUGGUCGGCACUCCGGAAAGAGCAGUCCAGGACUCUCGCCUGAAGGUUCACCACACAUUCGCGGACGGCAAUUUCGACCGCUUUGCUCAGAUGCAUGCCCAGAUCACGGUGGCGCAGGCUAGUCUCAAGAACGCCCAAUCGGCGCCAGAGCAGAUCGACGUGCUUCUGAAGCAGUGUCUUUUGCACAGCAGGCCAGUAUAUCUCCAGGUGCCGGUUGACCUGGUAGAUGCAUCUGUGGCAGCCGGCAGAUUAUGGUCGGAGUGUCUGUCAGCAGGUAUCACUUCGGCGUACAACACGACCACACCAGCCCACGACCUGGCGCUGUCGAUAGUGUUGGAGAAGAUCAAAAGUGCAAAGAGACCCACGAUUUUGGUAGAUGGGGAGAGCAGAGCACUUCGGAUCACCGAGGAUGUCCAGCAAAUCGUCCAAACCACGAAGUGGCCCACCUGGGUAACAGUAUUCGCAAAGGGUCUCGUGGACGAGACGGCAUCCAACGUCCACGGCGUCUACCGAGGCAGCUACGAUCCAAAGGCGAAGGCUUUCGUGGACAACUCAGAUCUCGUCUUAUGUUUUGGUCCGCACUUUAGCACGACCAACACGUUCGACUCUACCGGCAUUCCUCCACAGGCAGUCACCAUCAGCUACACGGACAACGAGAUUCGGAUAGGCGAGCAAACAUUUCGUGACAUCCCCAUCAGGUCGGCUGUGUCUCUCUUGCGGCAAGAGUUGAAUGCUCUGGACUUGAUGUCUUCCGGAACACAGGCGACGGCCGAGCUAGCUGGUAAAGCCCACAAAGUGUGCCUUUCAUCGCUUCCUAGCGAAAAAUGUAUCACGCAAGAUGGGUUGUGGCGACUGCUUGGGUCCUUCAUACGUCCAGGCGACAUUAUCCUAGGAGAGACCGGCACUGCAGGCUACGGAGUCCAGGAGAUGGCACUCCCGCGCCACACACGCGUAUUCGCACCGGUAACCUGGCUCUCGAUUGGAUAUAUGCUUCCGGCGGCUCAAGGCGCGGCCCUGGCGCAAAGGGAACUUAUAGCUUCUUCAGCUUAUCACGGCAUCAGCCAGGCGCGGACCGUGCUCUGCAUCGGCGAUGGAAGCUUCCAGAUGACGGUGCAGGAGCUCAGUACCAUUGUCCGUGAAAAGCUAGAUGUCAUAAUCUUUCUCCUCAACAAUGACGGCUACACGAUCGAACGAUGCAUCCACGGCUUGAACAAGCGGUACAAUGAUAUCGCCCGUUGGCGCUACCUGCAAGCACCGCGCUUCUUGGGCGCUGAUGACGACGUCUAUACGGCCAGGGUUAGCACGUGGGGAGACCUGCAGCGGGUGCUUGCGUCGAAGGAAAUGUCCAGCGGCAGCGGGUUGCGAAUGGUGGAAAUAAUGCUUGAUCGGGAGGACGUCCCGGAGGGCCCUCUACUUGAUUUGCUCCGAGAGGAGAAGAAGGCUGGCUCUGGCAAGUCGUAG